AGGACGAGUAUUUCAUGGAAGUUGUUUAUCGUAAUAAAGAACGGACUGACUCGAUGCGUCAUACGAGCUCCAGCUCUCGACCUCAUCUUCAUCCUCGAUAGUUCGGGAUCACUCCGCGAUCAAUUCCAAGACGAGAUUGACGUCAUUCGACGGAUUAUACGUCAUGUAACAAUAGGAGACACGGCAACUCGGGUGAUGCUCGUCCAGUUCAGUGGCACUCAGCACCUCGAGUUCAGUUUCAACAAGUUCACUACUAGAGACGAGUUGUUGGCUGCACUGGGCGUUCUUCGCCAUGUGUCCGGCAUUACUCGAAUCGGUGGAGCGUUUGAGUUCACUCUUGAGACACUCAAGGAUCCUUCAAAUGGCAUGAGGGAUGCAAAUGUGCCCAAGAUCCUCUACCUGCUUUCGGAUGGCCGAACUCAUGACUAUCCAAAAGAUUGGGAAAUGGCCAAUGCUGUCAGAAGGUCAAUUCCAAACAUAGAUAUUUGGGCGUAUGGAACCGGUAACUACGUCGCGAUGCCAGCCUUGCUCAACUACACUCAGGAUGCUUCGAGGAUUAUCACAAAUGCGAAUCUGAACAAACUCGAGUCCAUUUUUGAUCCAUUCCAUGGGGUUGAAAUAUGCGAACAAAUUCCUUCUUGUAUAAAAGGCUCGGAUAAGCCUGUGGAUAUGGUUCUCCUCAUCGACGCUUCAGAAUCCCUCACUCCGCUGUUUAAUGAUCAGAUCCGCUUCUUUCUCCCGAACGUCUCCCUUUUUACCGCGGCUCAGCUGGCGCUGAUCACCUACUCUGGACAGACGUUCGUCCACUUCAAGUUCAACAAUCCACAGUUCGGCAACAACACGGCUGUGAUUAGCCAUCUGAAGACGUUACGACCCAUCAAAGGGACUACGUCAACCAAUCUCGCUCUCAGUGAUACGUUUACGUUGCUGAAAUCUCCAAAAAAUUCAGGGUUACGAGAAGGUGUACCAAAGAUGGUUAUCAUCCUAACCGAUGGUCGCUCAGCGAGAAGUCCAAAGGAUGUCGCUGAUGCAAUGAGAGCUGCAGGAAUAACAAUACUUGCGGUCAGUGUCGCACCUAGACCCUAUGUACAUGAGGAUGAACUUCUCACGAUAGCCGGCGACCAAAAGAGGUUUUUCACUCCCAGAAAUGCACAGGGUUUCGAGGCUGAACUAAUGAAGCACGUCGGUUUCGGAUGUGAAGGCAUGGAGUUGGGACCUGAUGCCAAACCUCGUGUUCGUGGAGCAACGGACAUCUCGUGCAAUUCCAAUUCGGUCACACUCACUGUGAGAACGCAACGUCCGAUGCAUGGGCAUGCCUACGCUGAUCAUUUCCACAACAGUCCUCAGUGCACUUUGACCAGCGAUGGAUCAUCUCGCGAAAUUUCCAUCACUUUCCGCGAAGGAACUUGUGGACUGACAAAGACCCCAUCGAAGAACGGUGAUGGAUACAACUUCAAUAUCACGGUUAUCCUUCAGUUCCACCCUGUUAUCAUUACAAGAGCUGAUCAGGGGCUCGAAGUGAACUGCUUCUAUCAGCAGCCCCUUUCUCCGCAAGAGAUCUCACGUGUCUCUAAGAGUGUUGCUGAUACGGAAUGUACAUAUCGUAUUCAUAGGUACUCUCCCACUCAGUGUGUUGCUCUAGACGCCAAGGUCGGCGAAACGUUGUUCCACAAAUGGCAGUGCGAUAGCCCUCCCCACUUCACCUACCUGGUCCACGACUGUUACGUAAAGUCCGAAAAGAGCUCAGUACAGAUUCUUGAUAGUGAAGGAUGUGAGAUUGAUCAUUACUUCCUGGAGACGCCUGACUACUCACGUCUAGGCCUUCCGAAUGAGGAGAAUUAUGUCUUCCAGGAAAUGUCGGUUUUCAAGUUCCCAGGCGAAGGAGAUGUGUACUUCCAGUGCAAGAUUUCACUGUGUGAUAGGGGGGCCGGAACACCCCAGUGCAUUAAUCAAGUGCCGCCUCGCUGUUCGAAGAAGAGAGCGGUAAUCGCCUUCCGGGAGAAACGCUCUGCAGAUCAAAGCGAUCCACGAAUAGCAGCACCAGUAGCAAGCGUUGACCGAACAACCAACAAUCCGACAAUGGUCAGGUCUCGUCGCAAUAUCGUCCAGACAAAGCCCGGCUUCUAUAUGACGCUCGAAGUGGAAACAAGGUUUGUGCAAACCUCAGUGGUGUUUCAUAACUAUUCUAUAACAGAUUCCCAUUACAGGACCUUGAACGUGCUUCUUGGAGAGAAUAUUCGUCCUGACAAUUCCGUCAAGUACUGCGACAUAUCAUAA